UCUCGCUAAUGUGCAUCAACACCAUGGCGUAGCUAUGUCAAUCGUAUGAAAAAAUUUUGUUUUAUGUGUGAAAACGUUGUUUUAUAUUCAUUUUUACAUUAAAAGACUGGACUCAAAGUUAUUGAAAGUGUCAACGAUCGAUUAAAUUCCAAGAGUUAUUGUUGAAAGUUGCAAGUUUUGUGUGUGAAGUUGUAACGAACUCUGGGAUCACUUGGGAAUUCAGGUGUCAACGAGGAUGAUUUUGUCCUCAUUUUCGGCACCAUUCAGCUAAGUUUACAGAUAAUUCGAGAUACCAUAGACAACUACACGCAGACAAAAUGCAGCGGCAAUAAGCUGCUAUAUAGGUGGUGUCUCGCCAUGCAGCGCGCGGGUGGGAGCGCGGCCCGUGCGCCAUGAGCCACUCUCCUGUAGGCGGCCACCCGCAAGGUUGGGACCACAAGCUUGCUGACAGGUCGUCGCUGCCGCCGGCUUCUGGAGAAGAGAAAAGUAAAUCUCAACCUAAAAAUGUGUUCACACAACCCUUCCCUGCCAAGAUGGGCCAGUGGCGGGGGCAGACGGAGGGCUCGUCGGGCAGCUCGGGGCGCUCGCCCGCGUCGCCGCCCUACAUGCGCUGGGCGCGCAGCCUGCACGAGCUGCUCGAGGAUGCGGAGGGAGUGCGGCUGUUCCGCAAGUUCGUUUGCGGCGCCGGAGGCCUACACGUGGACCGGCUCAACUUCUACUUCGCAGUGCAAGGGCUGCGGCAGGAGACCGAGCCGGGCAAGAUACGACAGGUCGUCUCCGCUAUAUACAAAUUUCUCCGCAAGUCUCAGCUAGCGAUGCCUGAAGAGCUGAAGCAGCAUGUCAAGCAGAGUCUCAAGGACGGAGUUGACAUCGAGCGGACGAUCUUCGAUAACAUGGAACAGGAGGUGACGCGCUCGAUAACGGAGUCGACGUACCAGGCGUUCCUGCGGUCGGAGGCGUAUGUGUCGUACGUGAGCGCGGCCACGCAGCCGCUCUCCUCGCCGGACUCGCCGCCGCAGUACAGAGAGAUGUCGCCGCCCGCGCAGCCGCUGGCGGGGCUGGCCACGCUGCACGAGGAGCAGGAGCUGGCGGCGGGCGCGCUGCCGGCGCGGCUCACGCACGGCGCGCUGCUGGCCACGCAGGGCCGCCGGCUGCGCUCCGAUGUGGCGCCCAGUCACCGCAAGCGGUCAGUGUACAGCGCCCACGUGACUUACGCCGGCUACUGCCCCACCUCGAGGCAGGACUCGUCCCGCGCCAGUUUCAGCAGCGGAAGGACCGACAGCGAUGCGGUUUCACUGUCUGGCAGCAGCGUGGACGGCAUGUCAAUGCGUGGUUUGCGCGAUACCCGCGAUCGCCACCGCUCCCGGCCCCACGGUCUCGACAGGAACGCUAUCAUCAACAUGGAACCAGAUACAGCUAUGGUGAUACCACGCACGCAACGCAUUCAGUCCGAACAAUUAAGAGUUCUACCGCCGAACAAGUUCGCGCCGCUCCUUAUCGAGAAGCUGGAGAGGGUGAGGCGGGAGCAGGAGAACAAGGAGCGGCUGGAGCGCAGGCUGGCAGAGGGUAUGGGUGACGAGGCUUCGUGUGGACAAGCGUUGCCGCCGGCGCUGGUGGCGGCCGCCAUCAGAGAGAAACUUCAGCUGGAUGAUGACAACGACCAGGACAUACUCGACCAGCACGUGUCGCGCGUGUGGUCGGAGCGCACCCCGGGCGCGUCCCCGCCGGGCGGGCGGCGCCGCCCCCGGCCCGCGCCCGAGGCCCCCGCGCGCCGCGCGCCCAGCGCGCUGUCGGCGGACUCCGGCCACUACGACGCGCCCCCGGACAUGAUGCAUCAUCCGCACUCCUUGCAGCGCAGGUUCUCGAAGAAGACGGCGGCGACGGAGCUGACGGACAGCGGCGUGUCGGUGGUGUCGGAGCGCACGAGCGCGGCGGACGCGGAGCCCCGCAUCCUGCUGUGGAUCGCGGCCGGGGAGCCCGAGCGCGACGAGCACCGCCGCCGCGAGCGCCGCGCCAGGGGCGGCGGCAGCAAGUCGAGCAGCACGAGCGGCGGAGGCGGUGGUGGGGGCGGGGGGGGCGAGCACACGGUGCUGGUGGUGUCGUUCCUGGACGAGCAGGUGCCGUACCGGUUCAAGGUGCCCGCGGCGCCGCUCACGCUCAAGCUGCUCAAGGAGUACCUGCCCAGGAAGGGGAACUACAGAUACUUCUUCAAAACAAACUGCGCCGACCUGGACACGGUGAUACAAGAGGAAGUCAGCAACGACAACGACCCCCUGCCCAUGUUCGAGGGGAAGGUCAUGGCGCGAGUCAAGAGUAUCGAGUGAUCCCACCAAAUGUAACAAUCGUCACGGAACUAUAACCAAACGGGAACACAUAUUCAAAAAAAUCACAUUCUUAAAAAAAAAAAACAUAAAUCCUAGAAGUAUGCAAAGAGUUUAAAUAUUUUUUUCUUUUCACGAUUAAUUAAAUAAAAACGAGAAGUUUUAUCCGGUCUUCAGCGCCCUCAGUUUCAUGAUUCUCCUCCGUCUCUUUCUAAUUAUACUAAAUAGAAAGAGACUGGUUGGAAAAAUACAAGCUCGUUUUCCCUGUUUGAAGCCUGCUUGAGUGUUUCUUUUUUUCAAGUUGGCUAUACUUUCGUGCGAGUGUAUACGACACACUCGAUUUGGCAGAAAAUUAAUCUCCCGAUAUGUGGUAUAAUUUUGUAACGCCCUGCUUAAGCUAAGGUAGGAAAUUUUUAUGCGACAAUUUGACUCAUAGCAUUUGAGAUGACCCAAAGUACAUAAAACAACAUUUCGAGUUACGCCAUGAUCGUUAUAACACUCAAACAAAUUUUGUGUGUUUGUACGCAUAGUAUUUAAAGCUUUUUUAAUUAAAUUAAAAGAAAAACAUACAGUUCAAUAAACAUAAUGUAAUAAACAAAUUUUAAAAGAGCAAUACAUAAUUUAGUAAUUUAUUUUGCCUGCAGUUAUUAAAAUCAAAAUUAUAUGUCAAGUUGUGACUGUCUUAUUCUCCCGUAGGAGUAGCUUGCUUUGUUGUUAUAUGUACAAGUUAUGCCACGUGAAGCUUGCCGCCCUGUUAAUAAAGUAUUCAAUUUGAUGUGUAAAACUAUAUGUGUAGUAUUGUUUAAAUAUUAAGAUACAAGCUUUGAGUCGUAUAUUUUCUUGACAGUUAUUACAAAAUGAAUAAUAAGUUAACGUAACCUGAUCGUUGCCUGACUAAAAUAGUUUUUUUUAACGUAACAGCAACACCUUUGGCAACGUGUAAUAAAAUAUUAGUUUCAGGCUACAUUCUUUAAAGGACAUUAAAUGUAUGAUAGUUUUUUAAGAACAACCUUCAAUACUUGUUUGCUUGUCUAUUUGAGUACCUUUUUGUUUUUAAAUUAUUAUUUUAUAAGUUCAGGGCGGCAAUAAAGUGAUAAAUCAUUUAUUUAUAACGACCGCGCUAAUAUAAUAUAACGACUCGGUUCCUCGACAUUUAGCUUUUUUAAUUUUAACUAUUUUUUUACUUGAGCUAGGUGAGUACGCUUACUAUUGUACGAUAUGUUUUUUUUAUUCGAACAUUUAAAGUACGCAACUUUUGUUCUAAUAUUCCUAGUGUUAAACGAAUGACUGCUUAGUUUGUAUAUUUUUAAAUUAAUAUUUUAGGUAUAAAUGAGGUGUUCUGUUUUAAAAGAUAUAAUUCGUUGAUAAUCUGAGAUUCGGAUAUUGGAUAUUAUAUAAAUAUAUUAUGAAAUUAACUCGCCGGUACAGACUGUUUUUGUAUUGAUUGAUUUAUUUUUAUAAAUUCUUAUUUCUCUAUAAUAAUUUCAGCAUUAAAACGACAUUAUCAACUUUAUAUAAAGGCUAUAUGCUGUACCGGUCGGGUCCUCCAAAAUUCACUACAAAAUCAAUGCAUUAUGGGAUCUCAAUCGAUAAUAUGAAUUACGCACUAAAUCGAUAUAGAAAUUAUUUCCGUUCUGCAGCUGUGAAUAGGGGUAAUUAACAAGAUUGUAAGAUAAUAUUAUUCAUCAUUUUUUAAUUAAUAAACCAUCAUUAUUUAGACGGACAGUUUGAUAUUCGUUGUAUUGACACAAAUACUCUUAGCAAUUGGCAGCGUAAUAACUUGCUGUCUUGAAUAAGUGCCGGUUAUGAUGUAGUAGACUGUGCAAUUGCAACGAGUCUCGAAAACUAGCGAUACCUAUUUUUGGGAUUUUUUUUAUCUGUCAUUAGUAAUUUUUUUCCUUUGCCUUAUUUCUUAUAAAACAAACAGCUUCUUUAUAUACAUUACCGGGGUAUCGCUACACGCAGACUAUACUGUCGUCUUCAAAAUGCAACUGCAAACUAUUGCCAGACUGAGUUUCCCUAAGUUAGUUACGACCACUAGUCCACUCCGGCGCCGCGACGGGAUGUGACGUCACACCGCGGUCGCCGGACAUGCCCGUUAGUACUUAUUACUUCGCAUAUUGUAACAUAAAGUAAGUUAGAUUGUCAUGUCCGAUCCAUUGUACCGACCGCACUUCGCUGUUCACUAUACUCUCAAUGAAAUUUAAUAUCGGUUUACUAACCCGAUUUGCGGACGGUACAUGAGCAGUGUUGCCAGCUAAAACAGUGCACAAAAUCGAAUGCACGAUUAUGUGAAUCGGGUGCGAAAUCAUGUGCCUUCAAUGUUGAUACAUUUUUCAUAGUUGAUGCUUCUAAUUAAAUGUAAGUUAACACUUGUAAAUAUAGACGUAAAAAUACUAUGAUUCGAACUCUAUUUUUUAUUAAUUUAAUUGAAUACAUUUUUAUUUAUUGCCUAAGGUCGCGUUGCGCACGCGCCGUCUCAGACACUAGUACCUUCCAUAUUUCUUCAGCGUCUUUUUUAUUUGGUUGUAGAUUGUAGACCAUUGUUUUGGGCGCCGUGAUUUUAAAAUAACAGUGACUCUUUCUUUUUAAAAUGACAGAAGUUUUUUGUAACUCAACAACACAAUACUAUAGUAAAAUAGUUGCGCAAUGUAUCAUUUGGCUUAACAUUAUUUUUGUCAGAUACUUUACAAUAACUUUCUGCCACUGCCAAAAUCUCUCCAUUUAACGCUAAGAUUGAAUAUAAUUUAUUCUAACUAUUCUUCCUUAAUCUUAUAAUUAAUUUAGUAUUUAAGAUGUCAAGUUUUAUUGAAUAUUAUUAGGGACGUUUAUUGACGCUGAGAGAAACGAGAAAUGUUCCUUACCACGCAAAUUAGGACACAAAGUUUUCAUUCGGUUUUCUGUUUUUGUGUUCGAAAGUACAACGAUGUUAUAAGAUUUGAGGUUAUGAAUUAUAACCGUGUCUGAGACGCUCCACUUUUGUUACGAUCAAAGGUCGCCGCUAAGGCAUUGUAUAAAUAGAUGAAGUCUAUAAUUUUAAAUAUCGGAAUAAGGCACUUUCAUAUUAGCGUCUCAAGGUACCGUGCGCUACGAUAUAGCCAUCAAAUGUUCAUGAGGGCUCAAAGUGUACACGCUUAGUGCCAGGUUUCUUUCAAAAUAUUCCAGUUUGAUGGGCUUUGAAGUCACAUAUGAUUUAGUGUCAUAAUUAUUUUCCUAUUUAAUUGAAUCCAAUCAAUUGAAUCUUUUAUUUUGGCAGCAUUUUGAGAUGCCUGGCAUUUUGCGCUACUCAAAAUUACGUCGAAGUUAAAUUACUUGUUAAAUUGUAAAAAAAAAAUAUAAUGUUUUCCAAUUUAGAGUGUAUACGAAUGUGGAAGUAAACGAUUUGUAAUAAAUAUAUUGAUGUACUAAAGUAUUACAAUCAGCGAUGUGUAUAUCGUAAUAGUAAAAGAAUUUCACUAAUCGGACUGUAUUAUUUUUUUAUCUAGCACAUGUAACAUUUAAAAAGAAUAAAACCGGAACUGUGCCAUAUGCU